AUGAAAGUGGUCUCCGCAUGCUUUCUCGUAUUUCGCAGCGGCAGAGUACGAAAACUGAUGUUGCUGUUAUACAAGAAAAAAAUUGGUGGCUAUUUAUUUGAUGGAUUUACGCGUCGAUCGUGGAGUAUUGAGUCUGGUGAUAAAAACGACUUUUUCAAUUCACAGUUGUUUCCAGUAUUCUAUUUACGAAUGUUCACUUGUAUUGUCCUAUGUGGUGCAGCAAAUGGUCACGUAUACUUACCUGAAGAAGCACGUGACGAACGAAACGAAGGAUUGUGGGAGAUAUUAUCGAACAUGAGUCCGGCUCAUACAAUAGAUUACAACCAGUUUCAAAUCGAUGGUCGAUCUCAACCGUUUGAAAUUGAAAUUAUUGAUAGCGUUAAUGAUUAUGUCGAGUUGAUGAAAUCCAUAUUUGAUUUUGAUAUUCUCAAAAGUUUACUCAAUGAUGAAAAACAACAUUUUAAAAUCAUAAUUAAUGCUGUUAAUGGAGUCAUGGGACCUAGCACAGUGAAAAAUUGCAAACCGUUAGAAGAUUUUGGUAGUUCUCAUCCCGAUCCAAACUUGACAUACGCCCCCGAAUUAGUUGAAGAUAUACAACAUGGUGAUUAUGAUUUUGGAGCGGCAUUUGACGGAGAUGACGAUCGUAAUAUGAUAUUGGGAAAAAAAUUUUCUUUUGUAACUCCAUGCGAUUCAUUAGCUUUACUGGCUGCUAAUCUGAAUGUCAUACCAUAUUUUCGAACACAUGGCGUCAGCGGUUAUGCAAGGUCAAUGCCAACGUCCGGAAUAGUAGACAGGUCAAUGCCAACGUCCGGAACAUCUACGUCCGAUCUACGUUUGGUGACGCACUUGUUAAUGGCGUCAUUUAUCAUUGGACUAGUGAUUGUAUGUACAAUCGUUUUCCGAUAUCGACGUCGAAGACUCUUGGUAAUUUUGUUAACGGGUCUUUUCGUAUGCUUGUUAGCUGCGACGCAGUUAACGAUAGAUAUUUUCAUUCGACUCGUUAAAAACAUUUUUUUUUAAGAUGUUUUAAUGUUUUUUUGUGUGAAAGAAUUUGAAUAAAUGUCAGCAUAAAUAAUUUUGUUAUUUGGCCACUUUAUGUUCGUUUACUUUAAAGGAAAUGGAUACGAGAGACUGGUUAACGUCGUCCGACCUAGUAUGAAUUCUAAUGCUUCAAGCGUUAGAAUUCUAUUAGCGUGGUGCUAGAUCCUCCACUGGUAUCAUCGGAUUCGAUGAUGGUACAGUGGGUAAUUGUCUUGAAUCUGGAAAUAUUUAAAAAGUAUAUUGAUAAGUUUUGUUCCUAAUAGUUAAACAUUUCUCGAUAAAGAAAUGUAAAAUUAAGAGUAAAAAGAGAACAAAAAUUGGAUUACCUUGGCUUACACCGUUAGAAGAAACUAGAGAACGUUUUUCUGAGAGAUAUUGGGUACUGGUCUUGUGAUUUCUGUGAAGAUAGUAAUAGCUGAUGAGAAUGAUACUGUUUAUAUUGUUUUGACUCUUUUGUGAGUAUGAAUGAAUGUAAUGUGAACGAAUAUUUCCCUAAUAUGUAUGUUUGUUGUGGUUUGUUGCUAUAUUAAAAAACAAUGUUUGUUAUAUGGAAAGAGAAAUUUGAUAGUCAACCCAAAAAUUAAGAAAAACUUACAUAAGAUGAUUAAAAAGCUCAAAAAUCGUGUACUAUUAACAAUCGAUGAUGAUUAACGUUCUCUUUUUUUUGGUUGAAAUAAAUGACAAUGAUGAAGAUUUUACAUACAAUUUAUUUUUUGUUCUUCUUUCACCUAUGAUUGACCUCUAAACUGAUAUAUCCUGAUAUAAAGAGAAAAAGAGAAGAGAAAAGCAGAAAAAUUUAAUUUUUCUCAAUUUAUGCUCAUGGCAAAUAUUUAUUAAUUUUUUACAACAGAAAAUUUACCUUUUUUUUGUCAAAAAUUACGCACUCGACAUGAAAGACAGUGAACUAAUGUGGUAAUAGCUGGACGGGCGACUUUGAUCUGACGAGCAACAGUUUUUAGUUUGAGACCACCAUCGCAGUCUAAUCUUCGUUAAUUUUUUUGUAAAUGCAAAAAUGCGACAACAUUUGGUUUAUGCGCAAGAACCUCAUGUUUUUCCCUGAAGAACUCGAGGGUUUCUGCACAAGAAUUUCCCAUAUUUUCCUGAAGAAAGCGGGGUUUCUGCUCAACAAUUACGUGCUUUUUCGGAAAAGUAAACGGUGUGUCCUCUCAAAAACUUCAUGUUUUUGCCGCCAAAACCGGUGUCUAUGCAUAAUACAUUGAUGUUUUUUCGUGAAUAAACCGCUGUACCUGCACAAGAAUUACAUGUUUUUCCCUGAAAAAAUGAGUGUUUCUGCACACCAAUUUCAAUUCUUUUCCUGCAGUACUUGGUGUGUCUGUACAACAACCACCUGUUUGUUCCUGAAGAAACCGGUGUCCAUGCACAAUGACUGAUUGUGUUUUCCUGAACAGAUCGGUGUCUGUGCGCAAGAACUUCAUGUUAUUCCCUGAACAAAGCGGGGUUUCUGCACAACAACUUCAUGUUUUUACCGGAGAAACCGGGGUCUCUGCACAAAAACUUUCAGUCUUUUCCUGAAGUAACCGGGAUUUGUGCUCAAGAACUUCUUGUUUCUUCCGGAACAAGUCCGUGUCUCUGCACAAGAACGUCAAGCCUUUUCCUCAAUGAACCGGUGCCUCUGCACAGGAAAUUCACUUUUUCUCCUGGGGAACGAAGGCUUUCUGCACAAUAACUUCAUGUUUUUUCCGGGACAAAUCCGUGUCUCUGCACAAGAACUACUUUUAUUUCCCGGAAUAAACCGGUGCCUCUGCACAAGAAGUUAACGUUUUCUCCUGAAGCACUCGGUGUACUCGCACACGAACUUCACGUUUUGUCCUGGAGACAUCGGUGACUAUGAACAAGGACUUCAUUUAUUUUCCUGCAGACCUCGGUGUCUCCGCUCAAGAACUUCGAGUGUUUCCCCGAAGAAAUCGGUGUUCCUGCACAAGAAGCUCAAGUCUUUUCCUCAAGGAACCGGUGUUUGUGCAAAAGAACUUCAAGUCUUUUCCUGAAACCGGUGUCUGCGCACAAUGGUUUCAUUUUUUUGCUGGGGAAAGCGGGUUUUCGCAGAAUAACUUCAAGUUUUCGGUGUCUUUGCAGAAGAAUUACAUGUUGUUUCCGGAAGAAAUCGAUAUUUCUGCGCAAUAACUUGACGUUUUUUCCUGAUAAACUUGGUGUCUGUGCACAGAAGCUUGCUAGUUUUUCCGGAAGAAAUCGUUAUUACUGCGCAGGAACUUCAUGUCUUUUGCUGAAGAAAUCGGGGUUUCUGCACGGUAGCUAACUUUUUAAAAAAGAAGGACUUGAAGUUAUAGUGCAGAAACACAGAUUUCUUUGAUUUCAGAUAUCUUUUUAUAUUAUUAACUCGUCGUUGGAUGUAAUUCCCGUAGAUUCCCAUUGUAGAUACGUUUUUCUUUUAAGAACUUUUGAAAAACUGCGCGAAGUUUUGAUGCUUUUUGAGUCUCCCUUCCUUUUUGAUCAUUUAGAACCGAUUAAAUUGUUCUGAAAAUUGUAAAUUGUACCACGACUUUACAAUGAAAGAAGAAAUCGCCACUUCGAAACGAACUCAGAAGUGUUUGAAAAUGUUUGACGUGGCGCUGAAAUUAAAGAAAUAGUGCUAGAAAAUCCGAAAUACUGCCUGAUAUUUGAAAAGCAAGUAAGAUAAGUAAUGUCCCUCCUUACUUGUCCACAAGGCGUCUCGUAAAGAAUGCAAAAAGAUGAUAUUCGCCUACAGCACAAUUUCUUACCUACUUGAGGUUUUACCUUAAGACCGGACAUUUUUAAUGCUUUUCCUUCAAAAAGUUCAGCUUCUUCAAAUAUACGUUCAACAUCUUUUCUUAAAGUCAUACUCAUCUCAAAUAGUCUUUAAAAGCGGACAAUCUUAUUCGCCAAGCCUCGAUGUGAGUUUUUAAUAUUUUUUCUGGCAUCGGUGCGUAUACGCACCGACGGUAUUUUACA